GCGUUCCGCAGUGAUAGUUCUCUGCAAGGUUUGCUUAGUGUUCGUUUCAUUUCGGUUUCUUUUCUCGCUGUUUUUCUGUCGGAAUUACGGUUUGUUUUGGUUCUAUGUACUCUCUAAAAUUUUUAUUGUUUUUCAUAUGUCUACUAAUUUUCGUGCAUUUGUUACUAUUGAGUUUCUUAAUAUCUGGCUGGCCUCCGCCCACGGGCUCUGGAGAGCAUAAAUACCCAGGCUGAGGGUAGUGCAGAAGGCUCUCCCUCCUUGAUCAGCGCAACCGUUUGUUUCCUCCUGGUCUGAGGCUUAAGCGAUGGAGCAACAUUUUCUUGGCUUUGUGAAGCCUGUUUCGGAUUCCGCAGAGGUGGAGCCAGAGCCCCAGCUUCCGCCUAUUGUGAGUUUAGAAGAUUGUGGGCCGUGGUCUCUUCCUUUGUAUCCAGUACUACGAGAGUACUCAUUGGACAGCUGUGAUUUGAGACUGCUUUCCAGUCCUUGCUGGCGGCUACCGGGAGUCUACUGGCAAAACGGACUCUUUCCUGGAGUCCAGGGCACCUUAGAACCAAGUACAGCCCAGCCCGCUGAGUUCAGUUGGCCCGGGACACAGAAGCAGCAAGAGGCACCUGUAGAAGAGGUGGAACAGGCAGAGGAACCCGAGAGACUCAUGCUCCAGCAGCUUCCCUUGUGCAGUCCUCCCCACCCCUGGGGCAGACAGCAGGACUCCGAGGUCUCUGACAGCUGGCACCUUUUGGAAUGCCACCAUCCUCCUGUCCUGAAUUGGUGGCGCCACCUCCCGAGUUUCUCAGGCUGCCUGGAGUGGAUUUGUCGCCUUGGUUGUGCCGGGUUCUCUGUACUCUGGGCGUGCUGCCCACAGAUCUGUGGAGCUAAGCAGCCUUAGAUAGCAGCAGAAGACUUUUGGGAUUCUCCUCCAUAAAAAGAUUCUCCGUUACCAAACGUCUCCACCUAGAAAAUAAAAAUGCAUUAAGAUGUGCCUUCAUUGCUGGUUGUCAAUUUUUAAAAUAUCUUUUGCUGAUGAAUCUCCCUUGUUUCAGGUCGCUUAUUACUUGCAGUUUCCAUAUAUUUUAAACAUUUGUAUUUAUUUUAUUAUAUAUUUCAUUUUUAUCUGUUUCAACUUUGAGAAAUCUAUUUUAUGAUUGUAGAAUUCUUAGAGUUUUGGCAAAUUUAAAAUUUGUUUUUUCCAUUUUAUUUUCAAAUCUUACUCCUACUUUUUUCUAAUUACUGCUUUCUAAAUGUAUUUUUUUAUUUAAUU